CUCUAUAUAUAGAAUGGCAUUCAUCGUGACUAUGGCAACAACUUGUAAUGUCCGUAUGGGAAAUUCAACUAAAAUGUCAUCCAUCGUGACUAUGGCAAGUCUAUUUUUCUUCCAAUUCCUAUCUGGUUCGUGUUCAACGAGACUGACCAUCACCAACAAGUGCAGCUACACAGUUUGGCCAGCAAUUUUAUCCGCCACUGGAAGCUCGCCGCUCUCCACCAGCGGCUUCGUCCUCCAACCGGGAGACUUCAAGAUCGUCCCUGUUCCUCCCGCUUGGUCCGGGCGACUAUGGGGACGUACUCUCUGCUCCCUAGACAUUACCAGCACCAAGUUCUCAUGUGUCACCGGUGACUGUGGCUCCACCACCAUAGAAUGCGUUGGAGGAAACGCCGCCCCACCGGUUACUCUGGUGAAGUUCACUCUGAACGGCACAGGCGGGCUCGACUUCUACGAAGUGAGUCUCGUCGACGGUUUCAACCUCCCCGUGAGGGUGAAGCCUCGUGGCGGCAGGAACUGCAGGGCUACUGGUUGCGUGAUGGACUUGAACUUAUCGUGUCCGACAGAGCUUAAGGUGAUAAGAGACGGAGACGCCGUGGCGUGCAAGAGCGUGUGCCAAGCAGAGCCAUGA